AUGCUCGGCCGCAAGGUGGGCAGCAGCCUCCCCCGGCUCCCCCUCUAUGCGCGUCUCCCCUUACGACCCUCGCCCUUCCAAUGCCAAUCCGAUGUCGUCCCUCGCUCAGCCAUAGUCCUCUCCACCCGCAGCUACGCGUCACCCGGCCGUCCGCGCAAGACUGUGGGCGAACCAUCCAAACCCGUCAAGCGAGCCGUCAAGCGAACAGCCAAAGCAAACGACGGUCCGGCAAAGAAGCAGGUCGAGGCGAAGAAGAAGACCGCAGCAGCCAAGAAGAAGAAGACCACGCCCAAGAAGCGGGCCCCGAAGGAGUUGACGGCGGAGCAGAAGGAAGCGAAGCAGGCCCGGCUCGACAAGGCCAAGAUCGCAGAGUUGAAGAAGGCCGCGUUGAAACCGCCGACGCGCAGGUCGGUAACGGCGUACAACGCCUUUUUCUCGGAGAAGAUGAAGGGGAUAGACGGCAAGUUGAUCGGUGGUCCCGAUCGGGCUGCCAAGAUGAGGGAUGUCAUGAGGCCGCUCGUGGAGGAGUACAGGUCGCUGUCUCCCGCUGAGCUUGAGCACUACAACCACCUCGCGCACAGCAAAACCGAAGCCAUCAACGCUGACUACAAGCGCUGGGUGGAAUCUCACACCCCUGAGCAGAUCCAGUUUGCCAAUCUCGCACGCAACAAUCUACGAAGAAGACUCGGCGACGCCGUAUUCCAGACGCAGAAAUACGGCCUGAUCCACGACGAGCGGCACGUCAAGCGUCCCGCCUCCUCGUUCGCCCAGUUCAACGUCAACCGCCAGGCUAGCGGCGAUUUCAAGAACAUCGCCUUCACGGAGCGGAUGAAGUUGAUUGCGCAGGAGUGGAAGGCGUUGAGUGAGAGCGAGAAGAAGGUGAUGAAGAAAUACAAGGACCUCGGAAGCCAAGAGAAGACCCGCUACGCGUCCGAAUACAAUGACGUCUACGGGCACUUGCCGCCUGGCGCCCACAGCCCCGCCACAGCAACAGCGGCUGCUUGA